CUUAUCCCCAAGUCCAGUGUCACACUUCUGAGUGAACUGUUGGCACAUGUGCCUAGGACAUUCUUGCACUUUGAGCCCUUCGCACUGUUCAAGCAGGGUAGCCGUAUUCGUCCAAGCAAAGAGCGCUACGCGCUGCAACUGCUCGACGAGCUAGCAAGAUGCCGCUUGUGGAAAGUGCCGCUUUAUGCGAUCUCUCUGGGUGGCAGUGGUGGUUCCUACAAGCGCAAUCGAUUUCUGGCCGACGUCUGUGAAGAAGGUGAUUCUUGUUCUUCUCCCUCGUCGGUCUCUUCUCUCUGCCUGCGAGCGGAAACUCAAGCGUUCGAAAUUAAAAGACUCUCGAUUGGUCAGGUAGCAGAAUGGGUUGAGCGUAACACGGACAUUGCAGAGUCCGUUCGAGUGAUACACCUGGUUCGAGACCCAAGAGAAAUCUAUGCCAGUCAAGAUUUAGACUCGUGCAGGGCCAGUGGCUCCUGCAUCAACGCCAGGACGUUAUGCUCUCAGAUGCUCGACAUGCGCGUCUUCGAGGAGCUGUUGCACCAACAAGGGCGCGACAAGAUGCACCAGCUGCGUGAUGAAGAUCUGGCUUCGGACCCCGUUAAUCAGACGAAGAAGCUAUUCGCCCGACUCGGCCUAGAUGUGCAUCCAAACGUGUUGUCGUUUCUGAGGCAACAGAUGAGUGGUUUCAGUUCGAAAAUGGGGAAGCAACAUAACAGUGCUAGCAACGCUAGCACAGUCAGAGACAGUUGGAAAACUAGGCUGCCAAGGAAUGCCAUUCGCGAAAUUGAGAAAAAUUGUGGCGAUGUUUUGUUAAAGUUGGACUAUGAACUCAUGUUUCACUCAGUGAACUCAGCUGAACAACACAAUCUCGCUCAAAUACCACCACCACCAAUUUUCGCAAAGUAAUAUAAUAUUUAACAAUAAUAUUCAAAUGAUGUAUGCAAGCCGCACAAUAUUUUGCAGUAAUACUUAGUUAAUUAAAAGACGCAGCAGAAAGUCCUUAUGGGGGGGAGGAGCUUUAGCCACAUAAUUUCAAGGUAUGCUGUAUAUCGCUAUUAUUACGUGUGAAAUGAGUGUGAUUGUUUUCACUGUUGAUAAUAUAUAGCAAUAUAUUGAAAGAACUGCGAGAAUAUUUUAGAUUCCGAGUUCCACUAAUAUUUGCACCAAGAACAUCAAGUUCACUGCCCGGGUAAUUCUAAUUUCCAGGUUGUUUACCACCUUACAAGAUUUUUAUGGAGUACGUAAUACUUGUCACCACCUCCUAUUUUGUGCAGAGGUAUUCUCUAAUAAUUAGAAGAUAAUUAUGAUGGCAGUGUAAAAAUUUCUACGAAAGAAAAUUUAGUGUACCAGCGUAGCGAUGUAGGUGUGUUGGUGCAUACUGGAAAAGCAGUAUUCAGUGUCGCUUCCUGUUUCUCGUAGUCCACACUAGCGCUAAGAAACUGCCUUUCAUUACUAAAAAUACACUAGGGAUUCACUGAAGUUCUUAGUCCAGACUUCUGAAGUUCAGAAUUGAAAAAGCAGCAUCUAUAAUUCUUUAUUUCAAUAGGUAAUGACAAAGUUCUAAGAGAAAGUAAAGCAAGAACAUGCAGCAUAAUAUCAAAUGUCUCAACAACUAGAUACAAUGCAGUUAUUUCAGUGAAGACAGCAGUAAUAUCAAGUGUUUCACUGAAUUACAGCCGGUUUGUGCGUGAUCACUGUUCCACAUAAGCUAUGCAAUCUUCGAAAUGCUCGCACACUCAAACACUCCCUAGGAUGUUUCAGGUUUAUGAAUAUUGGCAUCAAAAGUGAAAUAUCAGCGUCCCAUAGACAAAACCAUCUAAUAACGAAGCACAAAAACACGAUAAAGGGUGUAACUGCUUCAGGUAUGAGAAUGCAACGCAAUAAAAGUGCGCAUAAUUAUGAAGGGGAACCCACCAACACGUGAUCUUGAGCUGAGCUCAGCCGAGUUACCAUAAUACGCAUUUCUCUCUCAAGCAAAGCUUCGCGCAGCAUUGCAUAAAAAAUAUGUCGGUCUCUGUGAAGUCAGGUUCACAAAAAUCUUAUUUAGGAGAUGUUACAUUGAGGCUCCAAGAAAAAAAUGAGAGCAUAAUUUAAUUAGCCCCAAAAAACCACGUGAACCUUCAGGCAGUACAUGAAAGGGGCAGCGUGGGGGGUCCGCCUUUGAAACACUGCUCUGCGUGUCCAUUUUGUAAUGAUUCUCUUCUUCACUCACUCUUUCUUUCUCUUUCUUAUUUCCCUGCAAAUGUGUUGGGCUGCAAACUGGACGUGGUAUAGUCAGCCACUCUACUCCUGCUGCAUUCCUUAUUCCUUCUCUCUCUCUCUACAUAACUAUCAUCAAUUCGCAGUACAAUAAAUAUUACAAAAAUAUUAUAAGUUAGUUUUCACUGCAAAUAUUCCGAAAACGUUAAACUUACACCUCACAGCAAAUAAAGUGGCAUUCUAAGAAGAUUGUUAUCUAUUUUUGCUGACACCUAUAGUAGAAUAAUUUAUGAUAACUUUAUGAAUAAAGUCACGAAUGUGGUGAUCCAAAAUAGGCCAAUUA